GCAGCAGCUCAGAUUUCCCCUUCGUGGUCCUCUCAGCCACAGGUCUCUCUCCUCUCUCUCCUCUCUCUCUCACACACUCUAGCCGCCCCAGCGAAUACGUCGUCGGCGACACAAUAACAACAACAACAACGCUACUAUUAGAAAUAAGGGUUUCAAAUCAAACGUAAAUCGAUAUGGCACUCAAAGACUCGGAGCCACCGCAGAGGUAGAGCGCACAACGAUGCCGUCGCCCUGGUCGGUGUCAUCGCAGCGACAGCAGCCGCCACCGCCGCCGAGGUGAAGAGAUGAAAAAUUUGAAAUCAUAAAGUGACCAAGUCCUCCCAACGUGCGUCGCCCGGAGCAGCAGCAGCAGCAAGUCACCAGCUUCAUAAGACUCCCGUGCUGUCGGCUAUCGGGGAAGGCAGGAGACGCGGCAAGAGACGCGGCAAGAGAGAGAGAGGAGAGCGAGAGUCGCUGGGUGCUUUUGUUUUCUAACUCGAGAGGCGGGCGAUCAACAGGCAGAUCACACGCACGCGCAGCACGCACGCGCGCGCAGCACAUGGAGAGAGACACGCGCACAUAGAGACACGUAGGCUCACGCUGACACACGCGCACACAGAGACACACUGACGCACGUGCACACGCAUAGACACUGACACGCGCGCGCACGAAGAGACGCACGGACGCGCCGAGACAGAGAAUCGAGACAAAGAUCCCUAGGCUCGCCUGGCAAACUGCUUGCUGGGCAAGUGCUGCUAGCGGGCACAGACACACGGACACAAUACAUUGACGCACAAAGUGCACGCGCAUACGUACAGACCCGCACACACAUAUACAUACUGACACACGGACACGCAAGUACACACGAUACACGCACACAGACGCAGACACACGCACACAGACCACGAACAGACACACAGACACACGCAUGUGGACCCGCACACACGAAAGAAGCACAGCCACGGACACACACAAAGACAACAACAACAACAACGCACGUGCCUCACCUCGUGCCGUGCAGUGUCUGUGUGUAUAUGCUCACACGUGCUCACACUCACGAGCAAUGUGACUCCCCCGUUUACCUGUGUGCGUCUCUUGGCGGCAGGCAGAGUUGAACUUCCACAUACGAGAUAGCAACGACCACCACCAACAACAACAAAAAACACACCGAGAGACACAACGAGCGAGUCGGUGGGGAAGGGUGAAGCGAGCGAGGUCAAGAAUAGGGCGAAAAGGAGGGAGGGGAUAGGAAAGAGAGGCGGGGACACAGAGGUAUUAAUAGGGGCUUGGAGUGAGGACACGUGGACUGAAAUCAAGAAGACAGCGCAGAGAGAGAGAGAGAGAGGUAAGGCGCAUUAGGAACGAGCAAGAAAGAGAAACAGAGACCAGGAAAUUUUAGAAUAGCAGUGAGCGGAGAAAGCGGAAGGUAUAACGUUGGCUGGAGAGAUUAAAGGUGAACUAUUUUUUUCCGUAUAUGGGAGCUUAAGAUGGAAUGAAGAGAGAGAGAGAGGGGGGAGCACACGAUAUACGGAGGAAAUAUUAAAUGACUUAGGAGAGGGGGGGGAGAGAUUAGAGCAGAGGUUAGCAGCGAGAGGAAGACGGGCACCUGGUGGUCUGGCUUCAUCCUUGUGUGCAGCGUGAUCGGGAUAGUUUGUAAAUAAUAAGAGAGCUGGCGAGAUUUGGGUAGCGACUCGGGGUCAAGCCUCGGAUGCGUUGACUCUAUGCUAGGCAAGGCGAAAGGGGAGUAGAGUUAGGCGGGACAGAGGUGGGGAAGUGGGUCGUGAUUUGGGGGUAGGGGCGACGUUUGCCUUGUGAAACGGGAUAGUUGUUGGUGGUGUUGUGAAGUCGCUGCCAUACUUAAGCUUCAGCCACCACCAAAUUCGUUCUCACGACCACCACCACCACCACCAAAAUCCCAACCACCAUCUCCAUUCGCAGCAAUAGCUCACCACCAACCAACCACCACCAUCACCACUCCCGGCACUAAACCUAACACCCCAACUUCGGCAGCACCAGCACCAACGAACACCACCACCACCACCACCACAACGACAGCCCGGCGAGCGCUGACAUGUCUAAAGCGCCACGCCAUGAUGAGGAAACACGAGCCGCCGCCGCCGCCGUCGCCGCCGUGCGAGAAGCGCGUGGUGAUUAACGUGGGCGGCACGCGCCACGAGACCUACCGCGGCACCCUGCGCACCCUGCCGGGCACGCGGCUCGCUCGACUCGCCGACUCGCGCGCUCCGGGCGGACCCAACUACGACCCGCACACGGGCGAGUUCUUCUUCGACCGUCACCCCAUCGUGUUCGCCAUCAUCCUCAACUACUACCGCACGGGCAAGCUGCAUUGCCCCGCCGAGGUGUGCGGCCCGCUGUUCGAGGAGGAGCUCGCCUACUGGGGCAUCGACGAGACGGACAUCGAGGCGUGCUGCUGGAUGAGUUACCGGCAUCACCGCGACGCCGAGGAGGCGCUCGUCAAGUUCGAGAGCCCUUACCUGAACGGCGGCGCCGGCGGACAGCAGCAGCAACAGCAGCAGCAGCAUCACCACAACAACUGCGCCUCGCUCGGGGAAGGAGUCGACGAUGGGCUUGAGGACACGGCGUGCACGUCGCCUUGCUCGGGCAGAGGGGGCAAGGCUCGCUGCUGCGGAGUUUGGCAGCGCAGGGUCUGGGCGCUGUUCGAGGACCCCUACUCGUCACGAGCUGCCAGGUUCAUCGCCUUCGCGUCGCUCUUUUUCAUCAUGGUCUCCAUCACCACGUUCUGCCUGGAGACACACGAGUCGUUCAACAUCGUGGUUCACCGGCCGCACGGAGAUGCCACCACCACUCACCACCCGCUCUCCUCCUCAUCCUCUUCAUCCUCCUCCAACGUCUCCCUGAUGGGCGUGAUCCAAGCUCCACAAGGUUUCCCUCUCACGACCACCGCUGUCGCCACCACCACCACCACGACGACCGCCACCGUUACCAGCAGCGGCAUGGACAUUUACAUCGACCGGCACCCGAUGCUGACGUACAUCGAGGGCAUGUGCGUCGUGUGGUUCACCUUCGAGUUCCUGGUGCGCAUCGCGUCAUGCCCGGACAAGGCCGACUUCGUCAAGAACACGCUCAACAUCAUCGACUUCGUAGCCAUCUGGCCCUUCUACCUGGAGGUGGCCCUCAGCCACGUGUCGUCCAAGGCGGCGCGCGACGCCCUCGGCUUCCUGCGCGUCGUCCGCUUCGUGCGCAUCCUGCGCAUCUUCAAGCUGACGCGUCACGUCGUCGGCCUGCGCGUCCUCGGCCAGACCCUGCGCGCCAGCGCCAACGAGUUCCUGCUGCUCGUCAUCUUCCUGGCGCUGGGCGUGCUCAUCUUCGCCACCAUGAUCUACUACGCCGAGCGCCUCGGAGGCGGCGACCUCGACGGGGGCGCCGGUUCCGCUCCGGCUGCGUCCCACGGCGGCGAAGACAAGAGCACUCACUUCAAGAGCAUCCCCAUCGGGUUCUGGUGGGCCGUGGUGACCAUGACGACGCUCGGCUACGGGGACAUGUACCCCAAGACGUGGCCCGGAAUGCUCGUCGGAGCGCUGUGCGCGCUCGCCGGCGUCCUCACCAUCGCCAUGCCGGUGCCCGUGAUCGUGAACAACUUCGGCAUGUACUACUCGCUCGCCAUGGCCAAGCAGAAGCUGCCCAAGAAAAAGAACAAGCACGUCGCGGUGAGGCCUCACGUCGCUGCAGCCGCUGCGCUGUCUCCUCCUGCCGUGUCACCGCCUCCUCCUCCUCCUGCCGCGGCUGCCAAUCGUCAUCGCCGCCACCAUCCCUCGGUGGCCCACUCGACGAGCUUGGCGCACGUCUACUGCGGCGUGGAGUCCGGCUCGUCCACGCUCGUCAACCCGGCGUGCCGGAAGGCGACGGCGGAAUUCUCUCCCAGAGCGGAUGGAGUCAAAUUCUCCGAUGCAGCGACGACGGUCCGUGCACCGGCCUCGCCCGGCGGCGAUGAGACCACGGGGCAGGCUGACGAGAGGAGGUCCGUGGAGACGCCGCCGUCGCCGGUGACGUCCCCGACACGCCCGGGCAGAGCGAGGUCCUCCCGCCGCCUCUUGCUGCCCGUCGGGGACUUUGUGGGGGGCGUGGCGCCGGCGGAUGGAAUCUCGCACGGCGCCCAGAGAUCAGUGGAGGAGAUGCGAGGUCUUGGAGGCCACAGCUUGCGAGGUGCGACCAGGAGGACCGGGGUGGGGUGGGGGGUUACUGACAAAGCACGGGGGGCAGCCAGAGGAAGGCCCCUCUGAUUGGCCAGCACCCGCAUGUACUGAUCCACGGUAACCUUUAACCUCUCCGUUUAGAGCGCGUCAAAUGGCAGUGCCGGCUUGUCGCGGCUGGCCGGAGUUGGGCGGGGGUUGGGGGGGGGCAGACCCCCCGUAAGUAAACAGAGAAAUGGAACAAAACAUUCUGAUCAGUACCUACCUGACCUGCUCAAACUCUGCUCGGGGGUUGACUCGGCCAUAAUCCCUUCCGGAGGACGAUAAAAUUGAGAACCACUUUGUGGGGAAGUCAACAGUGGUUGCCCUGUGCAACGUCUCAGCCCAUGCCCUGACAAUGUGCAAUUUCCACUGCCGGACCAGGGAGAUAUAAGCAGCGGGAUAUGGGUCUGGUCUCAGUGCUUUUUUGAGCAGGAAAUCACUUUGAAUUAUUUUUGAACAUAAAUAUUCUAAAUUGCAUAAUACUCUUGUCCCCUCUCCCUCCCAGUCCCCCCCACCACCCCCCACAGACUUCCACUAUCAAAAAAUUCCUCCACGACUAUCACCACCGGUAACUGGGGGUCAUUAAACAAAGCGCUCCCUGAGAUGGAUGAGAUUGUCAAUAGAGAGCUUAAACAAGUUAGCGCAAGUUUGUCCGCGACACAUUCGACGCGCAACUUGAAUUAUUUUACGAAACCCCCCCCACCAUCAAAGUUCACAUGAAACAAUAGCGCAACUUCCAUAAGCUGUCCUGAGCCAGUGAUAUUAAAAUGCCAUUGGAGAAUGGUGAUUUCUUCAUUUACCACAGCGCCAAUAACUUCUGACUUACCCCGCGCCCAAGUUCUGCAGCCUGAACCAAGACGUGCUCGUUUUAUCGACUCUGGAUGGUCGAUCAAUCGAGCGAGCGGUGGUGCAUCGGUUCGCAUGCUGCCCUAUGAGUCCCAGUCGCCCGAGUUCGAUUCCCGGCCACGGCUAACGUCGGUGACGGAUGAUGUCUGAAAUCGGUCCUGAAAUGCUCCUACACCAGACUGCCCCGACGGGCGUGGUGAAGUAUGGUCGAACAACCCCCACGACCGACAAGGUAUGGGGAGUGGAUUGAAAGCAAGCUGUAAAUAACAAUACAAUAUCAAAGCAGAUUACAUAGGACGCUUCAUUCGUAGUUAGAGUAGCAACAAUUAUGGGCGCGCAGAUUUCUGAACCCAUAAUCAAUAUAAUCAAAGCUUUAGGAUGUGGCACAGCGCAUUUAUAUACGUAUUUGAAUACAUUUUAAACAGGGUACUGCAUCUCACAUGGCAAUUUCUCAAUUACGAUAGAGUGUUGCGGGCAUCGUCAAGGGUCUGUGAAAGUCAUGAGGGGGGCUACACUUGAGGUCUGCGAAGCGACGAGGUGUCGUUGAUAAUUUUCAAGGAAGUUUUUCAUUUAAUUUUCUUGGAAGGCCCCAUGAGGGGGGAGCAGUGAAGGGGGGGGGGGGGGUCACAGGGGAUUGGUGCAGAAAAAAACUUUCAACGAUUCAGGUGUUCGUGCUGGUAACAGAGGGGGUCACCAGACCUCGCCUAGUUGUCACCACCAAUUUGUGUUGCUCUUUGCUUUCACCGGUGGUAGCGGCGCAGCCAGACAAAGAUCCCCGUGUAGCCUGCAACAGAUUGUUGGGGCAAGUGCUGUUAGCGAGCACCUAUGAAGGCCGGCACGGCACACGAGGGGGUAGGCGGGCGGCCAACACCACGCCCGGCCGCCUUUGUCUCCCCGGUGGCGAUGUUUUUACACACCACAACAGGUCCUCAUUUGAGGCUGAGUCGACCUAGGGGAGGCCCAGGACCGGAUAAUCGUCACUGGUGUUGGCCCUGAGCGGGAAUCGAACUCGGGUGGCCGGGUUCGUAGUGCAGCGCGCUAACCGCUACACCACCGCUCCUCACAUCACACACACGCACACAUAUCCAUGCGUUCAAUUUCACAUGCAUCAGAAAAAACGCCAUACACGAGUCUUCUACGCCAAACGUCCGUGAGACUGUGACAGCGAUCGCAAAGAGCUCUCGUUUAAACCUCCGGGUACAUUGCUCCGUAACCACACCGUGGCCGUGUCGAGAGGAGCACGCUACCCACAAUCGAUCUUCAGCAAUAGGUGAAGAACUGUUUCCAGCCUAGUAAGUAGCAACAAGAAAGAAAGGUUACACAGCAAGCUGCUUUGUUGCUAGCCAUAUGCAUUACUAUAUAUCCGCCUACCGUCUAUCGAUAGGAUGACCCCAUAGCAGCCUUCAUGCUAAAGCUUCUGUUCUCAACAUAUCUAUUCUGACCACAGCUGAUUAGUAGUUAUUUACAGGCGAAUUAAAAAGCACUAUACACUAUUUGCCUUUUUCACACUAUUGCUAGACAUGCUCUACCCACUGCUAGUGAACGGCUUCGCCGUGCGGCCAAUCGCAGCGGCACACAAUCCCGGCGUGUUUCUCGCUUCUCCCAUCCCGCCUGACAAUCUCCCCUCAACUGUUCCUGAACCAAACCACACUCGUUUUGCCUCUUUUCAACUCGGGGG